AUGACGGACCCCAAGCACUGGCGGUCGACGCACGCGAGAAUCGCGAACGGACCGGUGGUGCCGCAACAACUCAUCGGUGGGACGCCGAUGAUCGAUUUGAGUGAAUUCAGUGCGAAUCCAAAGGUGAAGAUUUAUGGCAAGUGCGAGUACUUGAAUCCGAGCGGGAGUAUUAAGGAUCGAAUCGCGCAGGAAAUUUUGGCGAGAGCGCUGGAAACGGGAGAGCUGAAGGCGGGGAUGACGGUCGUCGCGGCGACGAGUGGGAACACGGGUGCGGCGAUUGCGAUGGCGUGUGCGAUUCGCGGGUUUCCAUACAUCGUGAUUACGAAUCAGAAGACGAGCAAGGAGAAGAUUGACGCCAUGCGGGCGUAUGGGGGGGAGGUCAUCGUCGCACCGAGCGGGGUGCCGGCGGAUCACCCGGAUCAUUAUCAAAACAUCGAAGCGACGAUGUGCGCAAAAAAUCCGAAAUUUUAUGGUGUGAAUCAAUACGACAAUCCGUACAACGCGGAUGCGUACGAAAAGACACUUGGUCCUGAGAUUUGGUCGCAAACCGAAGGGGCGGUGACGCACUUCGUCGCCGGUGGCUCGACUGGCGGUACGAUCACAGGCACGGGUCGUUAUCUUAAGAGUGUCGACCCGACGAUUAAAAUCGUCUUGGCCGAUCCCAAGGGAAGCGUUCUGUGGGAUUAUUUUGUGAACGACAUUCCUGAAGAAGAACUCGUGGCGAAGAGUUGGGAAGUCGAGGGUGUGGGUAAAGAUUCCAUUCCGGGUGUACUCGACACCGAAUACAUUGACGGCGCCGUCAUGGGUGACGACAGUAGUUCCUUCCGCAUGGUUCGCACGGUUGCUGAAUCUUCUGGUGUCUUGCUCGGUGGUAGCUCCGGUCUAAACCUGCACGCUGCUCGCGUGCUCUCGAGUCACAUCAAGGAGGGGACCAUCGUCACGGUACUGUGCGACAGCGGUGUCAAGUACUUGUCCAAGAUCUAUAACGAUGAGUGGCUUCAA